AUGGUCCAGGAGGGUGGGGCAGGGGCCGUGGACGAAGGGCUCAUCGCCCCGCGUCGGCUUAACAACCCCUGCCUGGACAAUUCUGCGAGGAUGGACUUACAUAGAGAACUGCUCUUCAAUCAGAGGAUAGGUAAAAAUGUUCUGAACCAGAAGAGCGAACUACAAAAGGCCCUCACAAAACACAAAGAGAAGCAGCUCAUGAAUCAAGUAAAGGAGCACCGGGAAACGCCAGAGUUAGAAAGGGCCAUAGCUGAACGCGCUCGCAGGUUAGAGCAAGCCGAGCAGAGCCACGAAGAGAUCGACCCCGCGACCAACCCGACCUUGCAAGAGGUGCGCGCGCGUCUCAGACACGCGGCACCGCCAUCUCCCGCCGCGUCUGCGCACUGA